GUAUCGGUUGGUCGCGGAAUUAUUACUGCGCACGCCCUCACAAGUUUGGAAGCUCGUGGCAUUCUUUUCGUGUCUCCUGGAAUGGAGACAUAUGAUGGGAUGAUAGUUGGUGAGCAUUCACGAGAUGCUGAUCUAGACGUAAAUCCUGUAAGAACAAAAGAACUUACAAACAUUAGAGCUCCGGGAAAAGAUGAAAAUGUUCGAUUAUCGCCGCCUCGCUUGGUAAAGUUUCUUUUUUUUGCUGCGGUUUAUGUCUUCGGCCAUAGAUCUGACCACAAUAUAUUUAUGCUCAUAAAAUGUUUAGUCUU